CCAUCCAGAGCACACCGUGUACUCGUGUUUUACUGCCGCCUGCCAGUGGUGAUCUGCGCUCUCCGGCUACUGCUGCAGGAGCCUGCGUCGCAUAUUUCCCUUCAGCUUGUCGUUUGUCAGCACCUGGUUGCCUUUGGACAAGGACGGUCAUACGUCCAGCUUCGACUGUAAGAAUUAAUGUGCCUGAGUGUCUGACACGCGUCUGUUCAAUGGCUACCUCGGGCUCCACCUCUGCUGCCUCCAUCACUGCCACCGUGCCUGAGGGUUUCCAUUAUGAAACCAAAUACAUUGUGCUUAACUACCUGGGAAUGCUGCCUGUUGGUAGAUCACAGGCACCAACAAUGUCUCAAGGAGAUGGCCAGACUGAGAGAGAGAGGACCAGAAUGAUAAAAGAGCAGAUAGAGGAGGAACUAAGACAACUGGAAGAUGAGAUCGCUGCCUCUUUUUCCAGCACAGGCUUCGACCGCCACACAUCACUGGUGUUCAGUCCAGCCGACCCGGAGAGCUCUAUUGAAGACUUUCUUGCUGCGAUGGGAGACAAGGUGGCCAGAGAGCUUGACACACACCUGGCAGCUGCCCUACACACACUCCUCACAGGACCUCUGGACUAUCAGAGAUUCAGAGACACAACACUGGAUCUCUCCACACACACACAGGGAGGCUGGAGCAAGGUACUCGUGCCUCUGGUGCUGCUCCAGGCUUUACAAAGCGAAGGCCACUCCGUGACAACUCUGUUGAAUCUAGGGCUGCGCUACCUAGAGCAGGACGAAGCCGACUACAUCAUCCAGCAGGGGGGAUGGGGUGAAAUAUUUAGUCUCGUGUCGGAGGAGGAGCGAGGUGUGACCAUCGCCGAAGACAGCAACGACAUUUACAUCCUCUCAGGGGAUCAGCAUCCGGACCAGCUCAGCCCUCCCUCGUCGCUGCUCUGCACCGGAGACAACAGCAGCGAGCAGAGCUCCUGGCAGACAGAAAGCCUACCUGUGUCUCUGGCCGGCCACGAGUCCUGGGCACAUGUUGGUAUGAUGGAUCCUGAAGACAUCAAGAGCUUGGACAGCAACGAGGGCGUGGCUCUGGCUGAGGAGCGCAGCGAAAACAACUCCUCAAACUCGGACAUUGUGCACGUCGAACGCGAGGAGGCGGAGCUGCUGGAGGAAGGCGGUGAAGUCAGUGUGAUAGAAGAAAGCAUGAUGAGCGUUUUAGGCACCGAGAGCGAGCUGGCCGAGCUCAGGGAGGAAUUCAGGGACCAGACUCCACCUGUUCCAGCACCGGAUAAGACCGGCUUCACACCUCCGGCUUCCCUGAUCUCAUUAGAGGAGCCGGUUGUGAUAGAGACACCUGCAAGCUUGUCUGCAGAACCUUCCCUCAUCUCCUCAGAACCAGAGCUGCCUCCCCCUGCCCCUGAAGCUGCUGCCCCUAUUCCCGCUGAACCAGAACCUGCAGCACCUUUGCCUGUUCCUGCAGUAGAACCAGAGCCUGAGCCAGAACCAGCUGCUGCCACUGCCCCAGUGCCUGCUGAGGUGGCAACCCCGCCUCUAGCCAAGGAAACCCCACCAGCAGAGCCUGAACCCACAACAGAACCAGCUUCUGAACCAGAGCAGGAGCCAGAGCCCGUCACAGUGCCUCAUGUACCAGAGGAACCCCAGCCAGAACCAGAGACUGCAGCAGAGCCAGACGCCACUCUGAGUGCGCCUCCAGUCCCAGAUGCUGCAGAGGCUCCUGUCGAAGCCCCUGCUGAGGAGGCCCUAGUGCAGCCAGCGCCAGCAUCAGAGCUCCAGGUCCUGCUUUAUGGAGGCGCUGCGUUGGCGGUCCUCGCUGCUGCUAUGGCAUACGGUGUCAUAAGGUUCAGGAGGAAGUAGAGUUAAAAAAUAAAAGGUACCAUCCUCACGGGAGGAGAAUGCAAAUCAUAAGGUAGAAGUAAUGUAUUCGUGUCCACAUGGUGGGACUUUCCUUACAAAUCGUAUUGGAUUUAUCAAAUGAGAUGUUUUCUUUUUUAAAUCUAAUAUACUUUUGAAGGUUUUAAAAUCUGUGAAAAUCCCUCCCCGCCUACCGUUACCCCUCCCAGCAAACCAAAACUUCACCUUAUCCACAACCCUGUGCGGAUUCCUGGCUGCUUCACUCGAGCAGGUGCUAAACACAGAAAGGGGAAAACGAUGCACUCCACUGUACUUCUUAUUUUCUCCGUGGUUCUGUUUUGGAUUCACUUGCAGUUUUAUCUUUAAGUUCUCUUUGACUCCAACCUUUUAUAUCUUAGCUCUCCUCUGCUGGUUUUAGUUUCUGUCUUGUCUGUGCCGUGUGGAUUUUUUUUGUACCGUUUGAGUCAGCGGACCUACGUGGAAAUUUCACUGGAAGCGCUCGCGUAGAUAAAGUAAACCUCAAAGUCCACAAGUACUGCUGCUGUGUGAUUUUCUAGCUCUUCCUGUUUCUAUGCAGCAAAGUGGCAUUUCUGUUUCCCCUGUAACUGUGAUGAUGAUUAUUCUUCCUCUGACAAACAAACCAAAUGUAGGAUAUAGAAAUAAAAAUCUGAAUGAUUCAUUUUAUUUAAAUUUGAACCCACAAAGUCCAGGUAUAUGAGGUCAAAUUGUUUUUUUUUCUCCAUAUGACACAAGGGAUCUGUGUCACUCCAAGUGCUGUGUGUUUAAAUGUUUGUGUGGAAACAUUUAAGAUUUUGCCCAAGGAUGGAUGAAAGUAUUUAAAUGUGCCCUGAGGUACAGCACUAAUAUACGUCAGGCACUCUGGUGUACUUCAAGAUGCCAACUCGUUCUUUUGCGUGUAGAUCUGACGAUACUGUGAAUCCUGAAAACACUUUAUCACAGCAAGUAAGGAGGCAGCAGUCCUCUGUAGUGCAGGUUUCUCGCUGCUGCUUUGCUGUUGCAUACAUACGGUACGUGUGAUCGUAGAAUGUCGUCAAAGUUACCUGCUUCCUUUUAACUGCACUACAGUUUGUUUGCUGAACAAAAAGAUGUCAACAAACCAGUGAGCGGUGAUGACUCUAGAAAAAAGGCAGGAAUGUGACCGCUGCACAUGAAUUCAGUCUUCCCUCGACUACUAAUGCAUUUCGUGUUCAAGAAGCAUCACCUUUUCAGCCAGGCGUCUUUACUCCUCCGUGUUUCGCCCUGUAACUUAUUCAACCACUGCUCCCGAGCGUAGAAUAUUUCUGACUAGUUCCAUUUGUGUGCACCUGUCCCAGUGACGGGAUAUGAACUACACACCCUCCCCAAGUCAGUCGGCCGCUGUGAGGUACUGAACCUGGAUUCUUCAGUGACAAUCAAACUUGUGUGAUCCAGAUUUACACACAUGCUUGGAGAAUGGGGUUGCAGACUUGGCUUCCAAGUAAGUGUAACCGAAAUAAAACUGAUGCAGAUACACUAAACCUCCUGUGGUUGCUCUGAAAUUACUUAUUUGCAUUAAUAAGCUAGAAAAACGUCUGCAAUUACUCGCGAGCCAAUCCACAGUGAAGAUCUUAAAUGUGAGCUGGCAUGGUGGAAAGUCCCUCUGAGAUUAAAUUUAGAAGGAAAAUUAGUUACCCUGCCCUUUGAGAAGUCGUGUCAGUUAGUCGUUAGCGCCGUCUUUCAGACAUAAUGAUUAAAGAGGUGAUGAAACGUGGUUCACACCAACACGCAUCGGUAAAAAAAACAACAUGAAUGACUGUUACAAUGUGGUGACGGAAAGAUGUUUGACGGAGAAAGGAUGUUUUGAUGUCUGUGAUACAGUAUUACACACGGGAACACUCGUCAACUCAAACUUAACACCUGCUUUCAAAGGGAAGCCGUUACAGAGCAGGAUGAACAUCAAAAGGUCCAAAACACGGCACUGUGUAUCGUGAGUUUCCUCCGACAUGCUGUUUGAAAUGAGAAUAAUAAAAAGGUUCAACUGUU